AUGAUUUCGCUUUCGGGCGGCGUGCGCGCCGCGAUUCUUCGCGAUGACUUCUCGCAUGCGCGCUCGUCAGGCCUGGUGGAUACCAUGAUGAAGACGCCCGGGUUUUGGGAGAGUUCCAGCGCGGUUCAGCGUGUCGCCGGCUUUUCGGGAGCACUCGCGGUUGCGUUGGGAGCGUUUGGCUCCCACGCAUUGCCACGCCGGGUGAGUGACCCGAAGCUGCUACGCAUCUGGGAGACCGGCGCAACCUACCACCUGGUGCACUCGUUGGCACUAGCGCUGGCUGCACGAGGUGGUGCGUUUGAAAACCGACCCGCCAAAGUUGCAAGCUUGUGUUUCGCCACUGGGAUCGCUUUAUUCUCGGGCUCUCUCUAUGCGCUGACGCUGACGGGUAAACGGAGGCUCGGUGCAGUAGCGCCGCUCGGCGGAACUGCGUUUAUUCUGGGCUGGGUCGCACUGGCACUGCGGCGUUGA